GCAUUGGCUGCCUCGCGAUGUGACGUAACCACAAUAGCCAAUCAAAUGCCUCUGUUGAAGCCCCGCCCAAUGCGGCAGGAUAGUUUAAAUAGUUGCUGCAGCUCAGAAUCAAAACAAAGGCAUUCUGUUUCAGAAAGCGAGACGGAAAUCUAGGUACAAUGGCAAGAACCAAACAAACUGCUCGUAAGUCCACCGGAGGUAAAGCCCCGAGGAAGCAGCUCGCCACCAAAGCCGCCCGUAAGAGCGCUCCGGCCACCGGCGGCGUCAAGAAGCCUCACCGUUACAGGCCCGGCACCGUGGCUCUGCGAGAGAUCCGUCGCUACCAGAAGUCCACCGAGCUGCUGAUCCGCAAGCUGCCCUUCCAGCGUCUGGUGCGAGAGAUCGCUCAGGACUUCAAGACGGACCUGCGCUUCCAGAGCUCCGCCGUCAUGGCCCUGCAGGAGUCCAGCGAGGCUUAUCUGGUCGGUCUGUUCGAGGACACCAACCUGUGCGCCAUCCACGCCAAGAGAGUCACUAUCAUGCCCAAAGACAUCCAGCUGGCCCGCCGCAUCCGUGGAGAGCGCGCCUAAACACACGACUGACUCACACAGUCAACACCAAAGGCUCUUUUCAGAGCCAAUUCAAUGUAUCUAACAGAGCGAAAUUCAAGCCCAUUCUCACUCUCAAAAUUUAUUGUCUGCUCGUAACGAAAUCGCAAAUCGAUGGUAUUGAAUAGAGUUCUCUAACCUCAUCAGACAUAAUAGAAGAACAUUAAUUUUAGACAUAUUAAACUGGCAAAUGGAGGUUUCAAAAAGGAUUAAAAAAAACGGUGCCGUUAAUGGUCAACGUGUAUUAGAGAAAAACAUUUGUAAUA